AGAAAGCUAAAAGCCUAAAACCCCUUCCUUUUUCUUUUUUAAUUUCUGCCGAUAAGCCCCCCUGACGCUUUGCGGAACCCAGAGAAACCUCCCGACUCUCGUCAAUCAAUGGCGCCCAAAAUCCUCUCCGCAUUCAUCUCUCCUCUCCCUCUCCCUCUCCCUCACCAUCUUACCAACCUCCAUUCCAGAGCCUUCACCAUUCACAGGUCGCCCCCUCGUCCUAUCCUCUGCAAAUCCACGCCGCCGCACAGGCCCCUCGUCUCCCCGCUCGAGCUCGCCGGACCCGAACCCGAAGGCACCGGGGCCGCAUCCCCGACCCGCGGCGAUACCUUCCUCCUCCGCCAGCGGUCCAUCGAGGCCGCGAGGCUCGCGAUGGAGGAGGUUAAGCCGAAGUACGCGGAGAAGAAGAAGGAGAAGAGGGAGAAGCUCCCGAAGGCUAGCUCCGCAGUCGCUUCCUGCUACGGCUGCGGAGCGCCGCUCCAGACCUCGGAAAUGGAUGCUCCGGGUUACGUCGACCCCGACACUUACCAAUUGAAGAAGAAACACCACCAGCUUAGGACGGUGCUCUGCCGGAGGUGCCGGCUCCUGUCUCAUGGCCACAUGAUAACCGCUGUUGGUGGAAAUGGUGGUUAUUCUGGCGGUAAGCAGUUUGUUACUGCUGAAGAGCUGAGAGACAAGUUAUCUCACUUGCGUCGCGAGAAAGCUCUCAUCAUCAAAUUGGUUGACAUUGUUGAUUUCAAUGGCAGUUUUCUGUCUCGUGUACGUGAUCUUGUUGGUGCAAAUCCCAUCAUAUUGGUUGUAACAAAGGUGGAUCUACUUCCUAAAGGGUCUGAUCUUAACUGUAUUGGCGAUUGGGUUGUUGAAGCUACUACAAAGAAAAAGCUCAACGUUCUCAGUGUCCAUCUUACUAGUUCGAAGUCAUUGACUGGCAUUGCUGGAGUCAUUUCAGAAAUCCAGAGGGAGAAAAAGGGACGGGACGUUUACAUCCUGGGUUCAGCCAACGUAGGUAAAUCUGCAUUUAUCAGUGCUUUACUGAGGCUGAUGGCAGAGAAAGACCCUAUUGCUGCAGCAGCUACGAGAUAUAAACCUCUGGAAUCUGCUGUCCCUGGAACAACCUUAGGGCCAAUUCAAAUUGAGGCUUUCCCAGGGGGAGCGAAGCUGUAUGACACACCUGGAGUACAUCUCCACCAUAGGCAAGCGGCAAUUGUUCAUGCUGAAGACCUACCUGCUCUUGCUCCUCAAAAUCGGCUUAGAGGUCAAAAAUUUCCGGUGACUAGCAGUGUUGAACCCAGUUGCUUAAAUGGGUUCUCAGUAUUUUGGGGAGGCCUCGUUAGGAUUGACAUUAUAAAGGUUCUUCCAGAAACAAAUCUAACAUUUUAUGGGCCCAGAGGUUUACAGAUUCAUAUGGUACCCACUGCCAAAGCAGACAGUUUUUACCAGGAAAAUGUUGGAGUACUCUUGACUCCUCCAACUGGUAAAGACAGAGCACGCGACUGGAAAGGCCUCGAAAUAGAGCGUCAGUUGCUAAUUAAGUUCGAAGAUAUAGACAGGCCUGCUUGUGAUGUGGCUAUAUCAGGUCUUGGGUGGAUACGUGUUGAACUGGUGAAAAAGUCACUUGCAAAUGCUGAGUUAGCUUUGCAGGAAACACCCAAAGAACUACAUCUUUUAGUCCAUGUUCCCCGGCCAGUCGAGAUAUUUGUUAGACCUCCUAUGCCAGUGGGCAAGGCUGGAGCAGAGUGGUAUCAAUACCAAGAACUGACGGAGAAGGAAGAGGAAGUGAGACCGAAAUGGAACUUUUGAUGCUUGAGUUUCUGUGACUACUUGUACAUAAUUGAUGGUAGACACAUUCCCAAUGGAACGGGAACUUUUUACCUGAACACAUUCUUGCAACGUGGAUAGCUGACUCAGGUUACAGUAGGUAUCUUGGAGUUUCUGGGCUGUGGUGCGGAGAAGCUGAGAGUUGAUGUUACAUUCAGUGAUGGAGCUGGAGAAUUUUCAGCAUGGGUUCUCUCAAUACCACACGGACAAAGGGGUGAACAAAUCGGAAGGCCUUCCCCUAAGCUGAGCUCUUAUGAUACCUCCGGAUAUGGAAGUGCAUCGUUUGUUUUGCAAGUUCAUACCUCAAUGUGUAAAUUAGUAAAUUGCGUCCUCUAAUAAAUGUCAGAUGACAUGUAAUGCCAAAUUUUGAUUUUUGAUUGAAAUCAGUGUUUGAUUCUUAUCGACA